ACUGAAGUAGUGAAGCGGAGGGGAAGAAGGCGCGCAGCAAUGGGAGCUAUGGCUCCGCCUCCAAAUUGGAUCCCCGAAGACGACGUUUUGCUCAAACAAGCCGUUGAGGCUGGUGCUUCUUUGGAAUCUCUAGCUAAAGGUGCUGUGCAGUUCUCUCGGCGAUAUACUGUACAUGAGCUGCAAGAUCGCUGGGUUUCUAUUCUCUAUGAUCCUGUUGUUUCUGAAGAGGCAUCAGUACACAUGUUUGAGCUUGAACGUUCUGGGGUAAUAAAUCAAUUGAGACCUAAUAAGUCUGAAGGAGUAAAAGAUGUAGCUUGCAGUUCAGUGAAGAGAAGAGCUGAAAGUGUCCGGAAACAUUAUUAUGCCAUGCGUAAAAGAAUAUGCAUUGAACCGCUGUAUAUGAUGGAUACCAAUCUUGCUCCUGGUCCUGGUUAUUCUAACUUUAGAGAUGGUAAUGAAUUCUCGUCUGCAGAUUGGAAAGUUGGCAAUUCAGCUUCAACUGUUCUCGGAGCUCAAGGCCCGGGUUAUGGCAUUAGGCAUCAUCCCUCUUCUGAAUUUAGGCCGCAUGCUGCUGAGUCCACUGGAAAUGGUCUUACGCCUGCUUUCAGUGGUGUUCAAAAUCAUGGGCAAGAAGACCUUGGUGCGGAAAAUGUGUCAAACGACCUUCCCUAUCGAUAUGAGGAGAAUAACUCAUUAACUGGGGAUUGCAGUGAGAUUCGUGGAUUCGUCCACUCAGAAGAUUUGCCUCCUUGUAGCUUGUUUGAAGCUGAGGGAUUAGUGAACCAGGCAAGUGCGUGUACAGAAUUUGGUGACCAGUCAUUUCGCAGUUUUGGGUGUUCACCUCCUUUGCCUCACAUGCCAACUACGAAUAAUUCCCAUGACAUUUCUGCAGCAGAACUGCUCAAUGAAAUUGCAGAUGCAGACCUGCAGCUAAGUGAUGCAUUUCUGGUUCCCCAGACUGCAAAUGAGUCAGAUGCAUUAGGAUAUGGUGAUGGCCCCUCAAACCUUGAAUUUGAAACUCCACUCUCUCGUGAUGGCACGAUAGAUUUGACUUCUAGAACACAAGACUACCUUGAGGAACUGUUUGACCUUUCUAAUGAUGAAGGGCUACUCUACAUGGACAAUGAUGGAAAAGAGGAUAUAGGAAAAUCUUAUCUUGAUGGUUUGAGUUCGCUUCUAUUGGAUUCUUCCAGUCAGUGUGAUUUGUCUGGUUCAGGUCUAGAUGAGGCUGCAGUGGUUGCAGAUGGACAUUUAGUUUAUAGAAGUGAUAUACGUGAUGGAGGGUCAUAUAACGAGGACCUCAGUGAUCAGCAGGAAGUUGCAGAUGUUCAAGUGUCAGCCUCUGAAGUUACCCUAAAAGUAGGCCCCGAAUAUUGUAAUGGAGUCAUUUGGUGCACAUUAAAUACCAAAGACCCAGAUAUUCCUAGCAAUGAUGAUGUUUUUCUUCCCUAUCGCUUUCCGUCUCUAACUGAUUCCUCGGGGUCUCACUGGGCAUUACAUGACCUUAGCUAUUUAGGGUCCUCAUCGGUUAAGAAUUUCUCAAGCACUAGCAAUGCAAAUGGAGGACACGUUGUGAUGAAAAACACACACACAUAUUCAUCUGUUCCUUCUGGCAGGAUGGGACAAUUCCAUCCAUCAGAUGCGGGUUUAAGAUGCCGAAAAGAUCAUCGAGUUAAAUUUGAGUUGCCUGAAAGUAGUGUCCAGCAUGCAGCACCUAGAGAAGCUUGGAACAGUGACAACCCACAUAAUGUCAGUUUAGCAAGUGUGAAUGCCAGCAAUGUAAUCACUGGAGUUAAGGGAGGUCCGACAGAGAUGGGACAGGGUAGGAAUAUUGGCCAUACACCCCUCAACCCUCGCAGAGACGAGCAUGAAAGUAAUUUGGAUAUUCGUCAAAACCUUCGAAAAAGUUCUGUUGGCUGUCGGAGUGGAGUGGAUUGCAUAGCUGAGAUUUCGAAUAAUGGAUCAUCAAAUGUCGGCAUGAGUUUCCAGUAUACUGAUGUCCCAAAGGAAAUUGAUCACUCCCUACUAUCAGAUCAUGAGGAGCUUUUCUCUGAAAAUGAAUCUGGCGUGCCUUAUUUUUCUGAUGUGGAAGCAAUGAUCCUAGGUAUGGAUUUGGAUCCAGAUGACUUUGAUUUAUACACCAAUCCUGAAGUCCAGAGAUAUCAACUUGAAGAAACCAAGAGAACAAUCAUAAGGCUGGAGCAGUCAGCUGAAUCUUUCAGACAGAGAGCCAUUACGGCUCAGGGCGCCUUUGCAGUUUUAUAUGGGCGUUUCUCAAGACAUUUAAUAAAGAAACCUAAGGUGUUACUCGGAAGGGCAACAGAUGAUAUUAAAGUUGAUAUCGACUUGGGAAUGGAAAAAAAUGGUGGUAAAAUUUCUCGAAGACAGGCAACGAUGAAGAUGGACAUGUAUGGAGCUUUCCAUUUAACGAACCUCGGAAGAACUCCAGUUUACGUGAAUGGCAAAGAAGUUUCCCCUGGGCAGAGCCUAGGCCUUAUUUCUGGCUGUCUCGUCGAGGUUAGGGGAUUGAGCUUUGUCUUUGAGACAAACCGUAAAGCGAUAAAGCAAUACAUGGAUAUAGCUUUGCAGGAGAGGGGGGUUUAGCAGAAUAUAACCAUCGGCGAGGUGUUGAACAAGGUAAUCAUAUUCAGAAUCGGUACAUGUAUAGAGUAGUCGUCGCCAUUAUUUCGCAUAGCUCCAAAUUUAGGUUGACUACAGUCUACAGCUCUUUUCUGCUAAAAAGAUUGUUUCUUGCAGCAGUUUAGUCCCUACCACAAUUUUUUGAACCUUGGCAACUUUGUUCAUAUGCUGUAGAUACUCUAAUUUCUCAGGAAUUAGCCAAGUAGAAAAAGGUUGUGCCACUGUAUGAAUGUUCAGUUCCUGAUUCUGGCUUGCUUUGUGUUGAUUGAAGAGAUGGCUUGUA